CAUCAACCCCACCAUACUCUCUAAACCAAGCUGCUUCACAACAAGUUCCUAUGGAUCGGUAGCCGCCAUGUCUAAACAAUACCUGACGACACAUACUAUCGACAAUGCGCACAUAACCGACAUCUUUUCUCUUGCGGCUACGCCCACCGCUCUCCUCUCCGCCAGCGGUUCCUCAACCAUACACAUACACGCCACUUCGCAGCCCUCCAUCCCUCUUGUCCAGUCACUUACCGGCGCGCACAAGCUCGGCUGCCACCAUAUUGCAGUCUCUCGUAACGGCAAGGUGGCAGCAUCGGCUGGAUUUGGUGGUGAAGUGAAAAUAUGGAAGUUGAGCAAAUCAGAUACGAACGAAUGGCAAUCCUUUGGAGAGCUAGAUCCUGCAAAAGGCUCGGGCAAGAGCACUGGAGAGGUGUGGGCCAUCGCGCUUAGUGAAGACGGCCAAUACCUGGCUUCUACUACUUAUGACGGAAGGGUGAACGUAUGGGAUCUUUUUGGAGACAGGUCUGAAAAGUUACGCGAAUACGAAACUGGGAAUGCAGGCACUGGCUCCUUUGGUCUUUGCGUGGAUCUAAGUCGCGAUGGGAAAUACACAGCAAGCGGUCACCAGAGUGGUGCUGUCUACGUAUUCAACAAUGAUACGGGUCGACUUCAAUACUCACUUCCUGGCCUGGUUAAACCUAUUAGGACUGUAGCCUUCUCACCGGCUAGCACACGUCUAGCUGCUGCUGGUGAUGCAGGUAUUAUUGCAGUUUACGAUACAAAGCACGGCGAGCACGUAGGCAACCUAAAAGGCCAUGCGGCUUGGAUCACCUCUAUCGACUGGAAUGAUACAGGUGAAUAUUUACUCAGCGGUGCUUUUGACGGCAAAGUCAAGGUUUGGUCUAUCGACAGAGGUGCCUGUGUCGCAACACACAGCGAAACAGACAAGGCGCUCUGGGCUGUUAAGUGGUUACCAAAAACAGGCCGAAAUGAGAUGUUUUGCACGGCGGGAGCAAAUAGGAGCCUAACCUUCUACCGCGAAGCCACUGGUGCGUAGAAUAUUUCAUCGGAAAGUUGACUUGAUAUUUGCCUCGCCGGCGUUUGGGGAAAAAAGGAAAAGACAAAAGGGUCUAGGUAUAUGCGGAAGCGGGUUACGAGAUACACGUGCUUAGCUAAGGUUAGCUUAAAUUCUGUGACGAAUCGAGAAUACUUGCAUAUGGAGGGCUCAAACAACGAUGUACUAGCCAGAAGUGUGUAUGCGGGUAUGAGCUUACAUUACGUAGUUGAGUCUCAACAUGAGGUCCCUUAAUGUAUCUGGGUUUACUCCAUACCAUCUGGGCAACGUAGUUUAAUUUUUUAUUCAGCU